AGAAUAUGGUGCUCACUGAUGAGCAACGACAGGCGAUUGCCAAGAAACGAGAAGAGGCGAUCAGGCGAGCUGCAGCAUACAGGGAAAGAGAAAUGCAGGCUGCCGCCAACGCCACAGCUUCCACGUCAUCUGCUGCACCACCAGCUCCUCCUAAACCAGUUAUUCCCGUUAUGUUCUCACAAAAUCGACAGAAUUUCCAGCCAAUGAAGCCGACUAUGAACAAUAGCACAAAACAAUCGACUAUAAACAACUACAUCAAACAAGUUCAGAAGCCAGAACCGACAAGUUUGAUUAAACCGACGAUUGGGGUGAAACUCAAGUUGGAUAUUGGUGAUAGAAUUAAGAUUGAAUUCUAUCCAUUUCAUUCGGCAGUAAUCGAUCUCAUCAAACAAGUUCCAAGUCGAAAUUACGAUCCCGCUAAGAGAUCCUGGACAGUAGCUUCUUCCGAUCACAUCACCAUCAGUAAUAUUUUAAAGAAUGCAACAGCAGUGAAGGUGGAACUCGAACCUCUUCCUCAGAAUAUUAUAGGAUUAACGAACUUCAAACCAAAAGCAGCGCCUAGUGAUUUGAAUACAGUUAUGGAUCCAUCACUUAUCGAAAGACUCUUUCCUUAUCAGAAGGAAGGUGUGAUAUUUGCAUUGGAAAGAGAUGGAAGGAUCCUAUUAGCUGAUGAAAUGGGAUUAGGAAAGUCGGUUCAAGCAUUGACAAUUGCAAGAUACUACAAAGCCGACUGGCCUCUCCUCAUUGUGUGUCCAGCCUCUGUCAAAGGUGCCUGGAAGAAGCAGCUCAACACUUUCUUCCCAAUAAUUCAUCGAAUUUUCAUCGUCGACAAAUCCUCCGAUCCUUUGCCAGAUGUUUGUACUUCCAACACAGUCGCGAUUAUGAGCUACGAGCAAAUGGUUUUGAAACAUGAUAUACUUAAAAAGGAAAAGUAUAGAACAAUUAUUUUCGAUGAAUCUCACAUGCUGAAAGACGGAAAAGCACGACGAACGAAGGUGGCAACUGAUCUUUCAAAAGUGGCACUUCAUGUGAUCCUACUCUCUGGAACUCCUGCAUUAUCACGUCCGUCCGAGUUAUUCACACAGAUCAGAUUGAUCGAUCACAAGUUAUUCACCAAUUUUCAUGAAUUUGCGAUACGAUAUUGUGACGGAAAACAAGGAAGAUUUUGCUUUGAGGCAAAAGGAUGUACAAACAGCGAAGAGCUCGCCGCAAUCAUGUUUAAAAGAUUGAUGAUCAGACGUCUAAAGGCUGAUGUCUUGAAAGAUCUUCCUGAAAAACGUCGUGAAGUUGUCUAUGUGUCAGGACCUACAAUUGAUGCUAGAAUGGAUGAUUUGCAGAAGGCUCGGGCUGAUUACGAAAAAGUCAAUUCAAUGGAGCGAAAACAUGAGUCUCUUCUCGAGUUCUACAGUCUUACUGGUAUUGUCAAAGCUGCUGCAGUCUGUGAGCACAUUCUCGAAAACUACUUCUAUCCAGAUGCUCCACCACGGAAAGUGCUCAUCUUCGCACAUCAUCAAAUCGUUCUUGACACUAUUCAAGUGGAAGUGAACAAACGAAAACUUGGAUCAAUUCGAAUCGAUGGAAAGACUCCAUCACAUCGAAGAACGGCUCUUUGUGACUCAUUCCAGACUGAUGAUAACAUUCGUGUCGCGGUUCUUUCGAUCACUGCAGCAGGUGUUGGAAUCACUUUGACCGCCGCAUCGGUCGUCGUGUUCGCUGAAAUUCACUUCAAUCCAGGAUACCUCGUGCAGGCCGAGGAUCGGGCUCAUCGAGUCGGACAGAAGGAUAGUGUCUUCGUGCAAUAUUUGAUCGCAAAGAAAACUGCUGAUGAUGUCAUGUGGAAUAUGGUUCAGCAGAAAUUAGAUGUGUUGGGACAGGUCAGCCUGUCAAGUGACACAUUCCGUACUGCUGACAAAAUGCAUCUCCGUUUCAAUGAUGCCGCGCAGCCUGGCAUCGCAGAAUAUCUCAAAAAGACUCCAGAUACAACGAUUGAUGAAUGGGAAGAUCCUGUAGAGGAAAAAGAGGAUGAUGACUUGGAAAUCAUCUGUGAUUCUCCAGCUCCUAAACGUAUCAAAAAUUGAAUAUCAGCUCUUUAUCCAGGAUUCAGACACAUUUGUGAAAUUCCAUGUUUCCAAUGAUUUCAUAUUUUACGCUCUCAUUUUAUAAAUCUCAAUUUAACUUCUUUUUACGGUUCACAGUGUAUUAUUCAAUAUCUCAACUUGUUUUUAUAUAAAAAUUAUUUCUU